CACCCACAUGGACACAACCGCUUAUUUUUGUACAUCCACAUUGGUCCUUUGAACAGCCACCUCUUCCUUUCACAUUCCAAAUUUAUCUAAAAUUUUGGAGUAUCUUAAAGAAUCUUUUCAUCUCCUGAUUUGUUUCUUAAUCAUAGCAACCUUUUAUGUUAACACAAUAGUAUUCCUACACAACCUUAAAGAUUGCUUGAUGUCAGCAUUUAUAUUCAGUGCUCAGAGCGAAUAAUGGGGUCAAACCAAUCAAUUUUGUUUUGGAUACAGAGAACUUUGCUCUGGCAACACCACCUCCACACUCGAAGAUUUAAAAGUGAUCAAGAUUCUUUGGGUUCCCUUUCUUAUCUUUCCUAGCUUUAUAAGGAAUCUUGAAGGGCAAAAGCAAGGCAACAUUGCUGUCUUAUCUGCUUUAACGCGGCAGCCCUCCAUUUCAUUAACAGCAGUAGGAGUUUGCUUUGCAGAUCAUAAUACAGCUCUCUUCAAAGAUAAAGAAGGGAGGGGCUAGCCAUGACUAUUGCAAAUGGAAAAAUUGAUGCUCCUACUCCAACAAGACCUGGGGGAAAAACUAAAGGAAUUGUAGUUUGCUGGUUUCUUGGACUAGGGUCUCUGAUCUCAUGGAACAGUAUGCUGACCAUAGGAGAUUACUACUAUACUUUGUUCCCGAAAUACCAUCCUUCAAGGGUACUUACCCUUGUUUAUCAACCAUUUGCAAUCGGAACAAUGGCAAUACUGGCAUAUAAUGAGGCAAAGAUCAAUACUAGAAAGCGGAACAUAGCCGGUUACAUACUCUUUACUGCAAGUACUCUGAUGCUUAUGGUUGUGGAUUUGGCCACGUCAGGAAGAGGAGGCGUUGGACCUUUUAUUGGUAUAUGUGCAAUUGUUGCUGCUUUUGGAGUUGCAGAUGCUCAUGUUCAAGGUGGGAUGGUUGGAGACAUGGCUUUCAUGUGUCCAGAAUUCAUGCAGUCUUUCUUUGCUGGGUUGGCUGCAUCAGGAGCUCUGACCUCUGGUCUGAGAUUGAUCACAAAAGCAGCAUUUGAUAAAACUAAAAAUGGUCCUCGCAAGGGAGUUAUGCUAUUUCUAGGAAUUUCCACUUUCGCGGAGUUCCUAUGCGUGUUGCUGUAUGCAUAUCUCUUUCCUAAACUGCCAAUAGUGAAGUACUACCGCUCAAAGGCAGCCUCUGAAGGAUCAAAGACUGUUUCAGCUGAUCUUGCUGCUGCUGGCAUCCAAACAUCAGCAGACCUGCAUCAAGCUUCUGAUGUUGCCAAAUCUCCGGAGCGAUUAAGCAACAAACAACUAUUGUUCCAGAAUAUAGAUUAUGCACUUGACCUAUAUUUGAUAUACGUGCUGACACUGUCGAUUUUCCCGGGAUUCUUGUAUGAAAAUACUGGUGAACACCAGUUGGGAACAUGGUACCCUCUUGUUCUAAUUGCAAUGUACAAUGUGCUGGAUCUCAUCUCAAGAUACCUCCCCCUUGUUCCAUGGUUGAAGUUGGAGUCCAGAAAGGGCCUCAUGAUUGCAAUUCUCUCUCGUUUCCUACUCGUUCCUGCAUUCUACUUCACUGCGAAAUAUGGUGAUCAAGGAUGGAUGAUUUUUCUCGUUUCUUUCUUGGGACUAACAAAUGGCUAUCUCACUGUCUGUGUCCUAACAAUUGCACCAAGAGGCUACAAGGGGCCUGAGGCAAAUGCACUGGGCAAUUUACUUGUGCUGUGUUUAUUGGGUGGCAUAUUUUCAGGGGUUGCCCUUGAUUGGCUUUGGCUCAUAGGCAAAAAGAAUGCCUUCUAGAGAGCCAAAUCUAUCUGCAACUGAUAAAGAAAGUCGGCUCCUUUCCAUCGAUGCUACGUUGAUAUUCGAUGCUAGCCAUUCCUCAAUUUGUCACAGCAACAAAGUCACCUGCCGAAAGCCAGACAUUAGGAUGGUGGUAGUGAUUUAUCAAGGAAUUUGAUUACUGCUCUGUUAGUUCUACAUAUAAUGAUUUGUAUUUUAAACCACAUCACUAAAGAAAUUGAGGUAUGAGCACUCCAAUUACAAUUAAAAUCAAUAUAAUUAAGUUCGUAGGAUAUAUUUAA